AUGCCCAACACCCACUCCACCCCACCAGCCGGCUACGAAGGUGACUGGAUUACCCCCUCAGAUCCCUCAUACACCGAAUCCAUCGCUCGGUGGGCCGCCAAUGCGGUUCGUAAAGCUUCGGUGGUCGCCUUCGUCAAAACCACAUCCGAUGUGAUUCUAGCACUCUCCUACGCCAAGGCGAACGCGUUACCUAUCGCCAUCCGUGGAGGUGGCCAUAGUCCUGCAGGGGCAUCGAGCGUUGAAGGUGGUUUAGUCGUGGAUUUGUCAAGGUAUUUGGCGGGGGUACGUGUUGAUGAGAAGGAGAAGGUGGCCUAUGUUGGUGGAGGAGCCGUUUGGGAGACGGUUGACAAGGAGGCAAUAAAGUUCGGUCUUGCUACGGUUGGAGGAACUGUCAAUCACACUGGCGUGGGCGGACUCGUCCUCGGAGGCGGCUACGGCUUUCUCACAGGCCAACACGGUCUCUCAAUCGAUAACCUAGUUCAGGCGACUAUAGUGACCUCCUCCGGCGAAGUCCUCACCGCAUCUGCAACCGAACAUCCCGACCUCUUCUGGGCUAUACGUGGCGGUGGCUCCAACUUCGGGAUUGUCACCGAGUUCGUGUUGCGACUCCACUCUCAGCGGAAGACGGUGUUUGCAGGUAUUGUCGUGUAUGAGGGGAGCAAGGCGGAGGCGUUGACGCAGGUCGUGAAAGAGUGGUGGGAGGCUGGGCCAGAUGGGAGGGAUACGAUCUUUCAGGGGUUUACAACGGGUCCGGACGGAAAUCCUUGUGUGAUUCUGGUCAUGUUUUGGAACGGCUCGGAAGAAGAGGGAAGAGCGCAUUUCAAGAAGUUCUUAGAUUUGGGGCCGAUCGUUGAUGGCACUGGUGAAAUACCAUACGAAAAGCUUAAUUCUCUCCAGAACGCAAACGUGCACCAUGGCUCCUCCUACUACCUCAAGUCCACCUUCCUCUCCACGCCCCAGCCCUCCAUCUCUUCCACCCUCCUCUCCACUCUCCACCUCGCCACCAAAUCGCAUAAUCUCCGCAUCACCUACUUCUACGAAUUCUUCCCCAUCGGCAAAGUCCUGUCCGUUCCUCAAGGCGAGACCGCAUAUUGGAGGGGAGAAAGGGUGAGCACGAUGGUGUUUAUAGCGUGGGAUGCGCCGAAGGACGUUAGUGAGAAGGAGAAGGCGGAGAAUUUGAAUAAGGUCAGAGAGGUUGCGACGAGGUUGACGGAUAUUGUAUUGAGUGGGGAGAAGAAGGUGUCGCCGGAAGAGAAUACGGGUUAUGGAAACUAUGAGAGCGAAGAGCUUGUGCCGGUCUCGAACAGUGGAUUGAGUAAAGCGCAAGCGUUGUUUGGCGGGAACUAUGCGAAGCUCAGGGAGCUAAAGCAGAAAUAUGAUCCGGAGAUGAUCUUUUCGAGAUGGUUUGCUAUUCCCCCCCGCCACAGCUUAGAGGGUUUGACCCAGUCAUGA